AUGCACCCUCACAGGUACACUGCCACGUUUUUGAUCGUAGCCAUGGCCGCAUCGGCUUCACUGGCCGUCAGCAUACCGACCGAACACCGGCCACAGGAACCGGCCGCGGAGGCCAGCAACGUGGUGAUGCACAAGAAACAAGUGAAACCCGAAAAGAUCGUGUUCAUGACGGAGGUAUCGUCGUCGCACGAGGGCGAGGGCGAGGACGGAAGCGGAAGCGGCGGCAGCGGCUUACUGGAAUUGGGGAUGUCCGGUCUGCUGGAGGCGGUCAGCGCACCGAAGAAGAUCAUCGGCGCCGUCGCCGGUUUCGUGAUCGGCAAACUCAAGUCGCUGAACCUCAAGAAAGUCGUCAAGAUCGCGCUGCUGGCCGCCUUGGUGACCGUGUUCGGCGCCGUGGCCGCCGUGUCCGUGGCCGGUCUCGUGUCCAUCGUGUCGGUGGUGUGCUCGGUGCUGCCGUACCUGAAAUUCGUGUUUGGCGGCGCCCAUCCCUACCACAAGGACGAGUCCACUUCCGAGUCGCAGGUCGACCUGGUCACCGAGUUCAUGAUGAGCGCGCUCGAAAAGUACGACGGCAAGCGCAAAGCGUGAGUCGGAGUCGGCCGCCGCCGAAAACGUUCACGGUCGCUGUCGCACGGCAAAUACGGUUAACAUUUUAUAUUUAUUGUGCACCUAACACGCCGAUAUCGUUAGACUUUAGUGUGUGUUUCAUAUUAUUAUGAUACAUUAUAUUAUACACUUUUUAUACUCGUGUGUUAUAUAUAUAUAUAUUUAGAGU